AUGGGGCCUCCACGCAAGCGCAAGGCUCACCGCGAGGCUCCGCACGGGGGGGCGGGCAGCGCGCCCCAGGGCAACGCGCCCCAAGGCAACGCGCCCCAGGGCAACGCGCCCGAGGGCAACAAGCGCCAGGGCAACGCACGCCAGGGCUUCCGCGGAGUGAGGCAGCGCACGUGGGGCUCGUGGGUGGCGGAGAUCAGACCCGGGCGCCACAAGUCCCGCAUCUGGCUCGGAUCCUUCCCCACGGCAGAAGCAGCUGCACGGGCGUACGACCGCGCUGCCCUCAAGCUCCUGGUUGCCUCCCACUCCAUCUUCCCUGCUCUGACUGCGGUAGAGAGUGGUGCCAGAACGCCUGCUGCUCUUGCUCCCGCUGCAAGUAUCGGUGGUGGUUUCUUUGGGGGUUACAUGAGAGCACAGCUGCUGCAGCAGGUGCUCUCGCGAUCCCGAGACAGCAUGAGAGCACAGCUGCUGCAGCAGGUGCUCUCGCGAUCCCGAGAAAGCAUGGGAGCACAGAUGAUGGAUCAGACUCGUGGGUCGGCUCACAGGUCAUCUCUGUGGGACAGCAUGGGAGCACAGAUGAUAGAUCAGACUCGUGGGUCGGCUCACACGUCAUCUCUGUGGGACAGCAUGGGAGCACAGAUGCUUGAAAUUGACGGUUGGCCCAUUGUUGCUGCAGCCGGUGGCAUGAGCUCUCGCACAGCUGCUUUUGGGGAUGGGAGCUGCUCAAUUGCUGCUGCUGGGGAGGGGUUGCCGUCCAUUCUGGGCCAUGUGCCGUCCCUGCCACUGCCGGGCCAUGUGCCAACCCUACCACACCAUGUGUCGGCGAGUGUUACUGUGCUGGCGGCUCUGGGUGCGAGCAACUUGCUCAACACACCUGUGCCUCCUGCUGUGACUCCUGCUGCUGCCCCUGCUGCUGCACUGGCUGUCGCCGCUCCUGUUUCUCCUGCUGCCGCGCCUCCUGCUCCUCCUGCUGCUCCUCUUGCUGCUCCUCCUGCUGCUCCUGCUGCUGCUCCUCCUGCUGCUCCUGCUGCUGCUCCUGCUGAAGCCCCUAGAGCACAGGCAGCAGCAAUGCACAGAAGUUACUCGGACCUAUCCCUCCCUCCUCCUUCCCACCGCAUCGUCCCUUUCACUUGCCUCUCGGAACCGGCUCCUCGGAGUACAAGCCUUCAUUCUGGCAGCACUGGUGCCAGCACUGGUGCUGUCUCGCGAAAGAGGUCAUGGGAGCAGGCUGCGAUGCCUAUACAGUCACACCAGGCAGUCCACACAGUCACACCAGUGGAUGAGCAGCUAACGAAGCUGCUGUUGGAAAUGGAAGAGGACGAGAGAAGGGUGAGAGAGGCACAGUGGAUGCAGCAACCCGAGCAAUUUCAGCAACCCGAGCAGGUUCAGAUGCUGCUGUUGGAGCAGCAGGAGGAGGAUACGAGGAGGGUAAGGGAGGUAAUGUGGGUUCCACAGACAGAGCAGGAUCAGAUGCUGCUGCCUGGAUUCAACAGCCCUCAGCAAAUGCAGCAUGAGCUGCAGGCAGCGUUGGCACGGGUGGUGCAUUUGCCUCAGAUAAACCCAGCUCAGCAUGUCCCCUUGCAAACUCAGCAGCACCCAGCUCAGCAUGUCCACUUGCAAACUCAGCAGCAGUCAGCUCAGCAUGUCACCUUGCCAACUCAGCAGCAGUCAGCUCAGGAUGUCCACUUGCCAACUCAGCAGCACCCAGCUCAGGAUGUCCCCUUGCCAACUCAGCAGCAGCCCACGCAUGCAUUGCUGGACUCUCUGCUGCAGCAGCUGGAGGCGACACAGGAGUAUGAGAUGAUGAUGCUGGUCCAGGAAAUGCAAGCGCAGAGGGAGGAAGAUCUGCCUUCUGCUCUUCAGCCUCUGGUUUCGCCCACGCUGCACAAUUUUCAGCCGGUCAUACAACCAUCUUCUGCAUCACCCCUUGCAACCUCUCAUCAGCAGUCGGAGAACCCCGAGGUGCCAUACGAUUGUGUUGUUCCUCUGGAGCCCCGCACUCCUACUCAGUCGCAUUUUCCAUCAAUGGCAAACAUCGGCUCACAUAGCGUGAGUGCAACAGAUUUAGAGCUGAACUUUCUGGCCAAAAUAAUGAAACCAUUGAGUGAAAAGCGGGACGAAUGA